UUUUUUUCUUGUAAAAGGCGAAGACAUAUAACCUUCUACAUCGCCGGUGAUAUUUCAUGUUGGCUUUUGCUGGAAAAAAUACCUUUCCGGGAACGUUAAGAUAUUUUUCGAUAGCUGUUUAUAAGUCAAAUUUUCACAAAGGCCCAUGGAAUAUACUGUAUUUUGGUACAGAUCAAUUUGCUGUUAGGCCACUGGAUCGCCUUAACAGCCUUAGAGUAAACAGCAGUUUAAUUGACAAUAUUGAAGUGGUCUGUCCUAUUGAAAAGAGAAGAGAAAAGGACAUUAAACAACAAAACCAAGCUUUAACUGUCCGACAGUUAGCCGAAGUAAAUGGGUUAACAAUUCACAACUGGCCAUUGGAUAGAAAGAAUCUAGAAUUUCUCUUGAGAUUUCACCUGGGCAUUGUUGUCUCCUUUGGUCAUUUUUUACCAUCUUGGAUCAUAAACAAUUUACAAUGCGGAGCAAUAAAUAUCCAUCCUUCUCUCCUACCUAAAUGGCGAGGUCCUUCACCAAUUGUCCACACACUCCUUAACGGAGACACGGAAACUGGUGUGUCGAUCAUCGAAGUCUCUCCCAAAAAGUUCGACGCUGGAAAAAUUUUAUCGCAAAAUAGACUUCAAAUUCCUCCAAAUACUCCCUACGACGAAUUGGCAGAUAGUUUGUCAGCAUUAUCCUCAAAGAUGCUCGUUGAUGUCCUGGCAAAUUUCAACGAAUUACGAACAUCUGCCAUCGCCCAGGAUGAAAGAGAGGUUACAGAAGCUCCUAAACUAUUGAAAGAAACGAGCUACAUCAAAUGGGGCGAAUUCACUUGUGGAUAUAUUCAGCGAUUGUCCUGUGCGACUCGACAGAGGUUCGGUCUCAAAUGUAAGUGGAACAAUCAAAUUGUCACAUUGGGAAAACUUGAUAUAUGUAGCACUUCACUACCAGGUCCUCCAGAAGAUGCAGUUGUUGGCCAACCGUAUUACGACUGCGAUGAAAAUCUUCUUUUUAUAAAGUGCAAGGAUGGCUGGGUCGGCUGGAAAUCGUUGAAAAUGCAACACAGAAAGUCCAUCACCGCCAGAGAUUUCUACAACGGUUAUCUCGUUGAUAAAAACACAGAAAAAACGACGUCAACUCUUUUCCAAAAUAUGACUUGAUAAAUGGCAGCUAGAGCACCAAAAUAGCCUGAAAAUUAUGACAGAUCGAUAACAUAAGAUUACCUAAUUUUACCGGUGUCAAAAAUGUUGUAUUUUGGCAUAUGUUGUAAAUUCUUGAGUAUAUAAAUAAAAGCUGCUUUG